UCCGAAGGUUCAACUGGACGUCGAACAUGUCGGGAUUGCGGCAAACACCGUUGACAUGCAGUGGCCACACGCGUCCAGUGGUCCAGUUGGCCUUCAGCGAUAUAACUCCUUUUGGAUACUUUCUUAUAAGUGCAUGCAAAGAUGGAAACCCUAUGUUUAGACAGGGAGAUACAGGGGAUUGGAUUGGGACAUUUAAAGGCCACAAAGGAGCAGUAUGGGGAGCCACGAUAAAUAAAGAUGCUACUCGGGCCGCCACAGGAGCCGCAGAUUUCUCAGCAAAAAUCUGGGACUCGCUGAGUGGGGAGGAGCUACAUUCAUUUGCUCACAAGCACAUUGUUAAGUCUGUUGACUUUGAUGAAGAUGAUACCCAGCUACUGACUGGAAGCAACGAAAAGCUUUUACGAAUAUUUGAUCUAAAUCAGCCAGAAUUAGAGGCCAAAGCCACAUUUAGUGGACAUGAACACAACAUCAGGGCAGCCAUAUUUGCUCAGUUUGGUAAACAGAUCAUAAGUGCAUCGGAUGAUAAAACUGUCAGGGUAUGGGACACAGUCAGUGGACAAGAGGUUAAGAAACUGGAAUUUCCGGGAAUCCCCAGCAGUUUAGAACUGUCCAGGGACGGACGAAUUCUGGUCAUUACCCAUGGUAACUGUACCAGCUUCUGGAAUGCUGACAGGUAUGAGAAGAUUAAGGAUUACAUUGCCCCGACUCAGGUGAACUCGGCAUCUCUCCACAAGGAUAAGAAAGUGUUUGUAUGUGGGGGAGAGGACUUUAAGAUGUACAAGUUUGAUUAUGAGACAGGAGAGGAACUAGAGUCCUUUAAAGGACAUUUUGGCCCUGUACACUGUGUGCGUUUCUCCCCUGAUGGUGAAUUGUAUGCCAGCGGAAGUGAAGAUGGGACGCUCCGACUUUGGCAAACCACUGUAGGCAAAACCUACGGAUUGUGGAAAUGCGUCAUGCCAGAUGAAUGUGUCAACAAUAACGACGCGACUCCAGUGAAACCAGAAUCCUGGGACAGAACGGAGAGAAUGGAAGGAAAAUAUAAACAGAAAGUAAUGAAAGUCCUCAUAAUUGUUUUAAUUGUUAGUAUCAUAUGUGUUGAUGUUUGUGAUGGAAAAAGAGUCAAAGACAAAAAGAAAUCAAAGUGUGAUAAAAGAAGUGGUCCUGUGUGUGGUGUAAAUAGAAAAACCUACAGGAACGAAUGCAAGGCUAUCAAAAAAGGUAUAACUAUAGCAUGUAACAAGACCUGUCCCUGUGAACCUUGUAUCUGUACUGCCGAGUACGCUCCAGUCUGUGGCAAAAAUGGACAAACUUACGGCAACAUGUGCGAGGCCAAGUGCGCGGGACAAAAAGUGAAGUGUUCCAAUGCAUGUCCUUGUAAAAAGAAGAACCGCUGCGAUAGAUGCUUAAGGAAGAAACAGAAGUCAGUGUGUGGAAAUGACGGGAAAACCUACUUAAACAAAUGCAUGGCAAAGUGCAGUGGACAGUCUUCACAAUGUAAAGGCCAGUGUCCCUGCCCAACAUGUGAUUGUUCAAAACCAACAACCCGUUGCCUUACGGAUGCAAAUUCGAUGAGGAAAUGUUACGAUCCCUGCAGGAGACAAUGCAAAAAGUAUAGGAAGAAAUCAAAGAAAAACAAGAGACCUUCUAAAAGAUGUAGAUGUAAGAAGAAUAGAAGACCUGUUUGUGGAAAAGAUGGCGUUACUUAUGGUAAUAGCUGUAUGGCAAGAUGCAAGCGUGUAAAAAUUGCAAGCCAGGGAGAAUGCCCAUGCGCAUGCCCGCUGAUAUAUCUUCCGGUAUGCGCAUCUAAUAACAAAACGUACGACAACGAAUGUUCAGCAAAGUGCGAAAAACAAACAGUUGUCUGUAAUGGUCAGUGUCCUUGUCAGGAAUUAAAACCUUGCCCUCGAAUAUUUUUACAAGUGUGUGGAUCAAAUGGACAAACCUAUGAUAACGACUGUCUUGCAAGUCAAGCAGGCCAGACUGUAGCUUGUCAAAGCCAAUGUCCCUGCCGGGACUCCUUACUACCAUGUCCUCGUAUAAUGAAUAAAGUGUGUGGCUCUGAUGGCCAGACUUACAACAACGACUGUCUUGCCCGACAAGCGGGAGUAACAGUAGAUUGUACAAGAGAAUGUCCUUGCUCUCAACAACCUUCACUUCCUUGUCCAAAAAUCAUAAACAAAGUCUGCGGAGCAGAUGGUCAGACGUACAAUAAUGAUUGCUUGGCAAAACAAGCCGGUCAGCUAUUGGAUUGUGAGGGUGAGUGUCCUUGCCCCACCAGGAGCAACCUUCGUCCCUGCCCUCGGAUUUAUAACCCUGUGUGUGGCUCUGAUGGUAAAACGUACAAUAAUGAAUGCCUGGCCAAACAGGGAGGAGUUCAGGUAGUACAGGAGGGAAAAUGCCCAUGCUCUUGUCAGCUGAUCCUUAAACCUGUCUGUGGUGCUGAUAAUAAAACCUACGACAAUGCGUGCAAUGCAAACUGCAGUGGCCAAACAGUAAGCUGUGACGGGUCAUGCCCAUGCACAACCAAUUUAAGACCAUGUCCACGGAUUAUGUUACCAGUUUGUGGUAGAGACGGAAAGACUUACAACAACCGUUGUCUCCUAGAACAAGCAGGCGAGCAAUUGGACUGUGAGGGAGCGUGUCCUUGCCCAACCAGAAGCAACCUACGCCCCUGCCCUCGGAUUUAUAAUCCUGUGUGUGGCUCUGAUGGGAAAACGUACAAUAAUGAAUGCCUGGCCAGACAAGGGGGAACCCAGGUUCUUCGAGAGGGAAAAUGUCCAUGUAUAUGCCAGGAAAUUUACAAACCUGUCUGUGGGUCUGAUAAUAAAACAUACGACAACGCGUGUAGCGCUGGAUGCAGUGAUAUUUCUGUAGCAUGUGAAGGUCAGUGUCCUUGUCAAUCAUCUCUCCGGGUGUGUCCAAUGGUAUAUAACCCUGUUUGUGGGGUAAACGGACAGACAUAUAGUAAUCGCUGCUCUGCAGAAGCUGUGAAUGUGGCUGUUAAAUGUAACGGAACAUGCCCAUGUAAAACAGGCUGUGCCUGCCCAUUCAUACUAAAACCCGUAUGUGGUAAAGAUGGCGUUACGUAUGACAAUGAAUGUGGAGCAAGAUGUGCGAACAAAAGCAUAGAUUGUGAAGGACAGUGUCCUUGUCGGAAGACUUGCAUGUGCCCAUUCAUAUAUUUACCGGUCUGUGGAAUGAAUGGCAAAACAUAUGAUAACGAAUGCUCAGCUAAGUGCGAUGGCACUGAGAAACAAUGCAGUGGGUCCUGUCCUUGUCCUAAGAGCAAGCCUUGUUUGUGUCCACGAAAUAUUGACCCUGUGUGCGGUACUGAUGGCGUAACAUACGGUAACAGCUGCCAAGCCCGAUGUGCGAGCCAAUCAGUAGCUUGUAAUGGUGAUUGCCCCUGUACCAUAUUAGCGUAAAAUAACAACUCUGGAAAUCCCCCUAACAGAGAGCUUAUAAUGUUUGCCAGAGGAAAACAGUUACAAGACGAAUUCAAUGUUUCAUUUGAAGUUAUGUCUUCCUUUUAUACUGAGUGUUUAAUGUACAUUUUUGUAUUUUUAAUUCUUGUAUUAUAAUUUUAUAUCAAUUUUUGACUUUAAAAAAUAUUCUUCAUAAUUAUAACACAAAAUUGAAGCACUGUGAAAUUGCUAUAUUUAUAUGGUCAGGAUGUUUUGUAUAAUUGAAUAUUAAGUUAUAUCGCCUAAAGGAGGAUUUAUUUUUGAUAAAUCCAGUAAAUAAUAUUGCACAUAAACAGAUUCUGUAAAUAUAUUAGCCUGCUUUUGUGCAAAAUUGAGACGUUAAUUUCUUUUUCUCUUAAAACUGAGUAUCAAAAGGAAAAGACUUAAAAAGUAACAAUUAAAAUUUUAAAAUUUUGAGGUUGGCAUUUGCUUUACUGUAUAUAAAUGUAUAGCUGUUUAUGAGUAUUUAAAGGGCAAGAAAAUAUUUUACAUAUUAUUGUGUAAAAAAAACUUUUAUUUCCUUUAUGUAUACACUAAAUGAAAAUAACAUUUUCUGUAAACAUGUAUUGUUAUUACAAGAGAAGAAAUUCUAUUGAGGGUGUUUUUAUUUACGUAGAAGAACAAUACAUCUGUACUGUGCAUUUGAGAGUAAUUCUCUAGAGUAUCGCAAUGAUGUUGUUAGAACAGUAUUACAAUUGUUUCUAAGAAAUCAUUAUUUACGCACACAAAAUGACCUAAUUUCAUCCACCGAACAUUGUCUUAAGCAGCAAGUACAGAAUAAAUCCUUUUCAAAUUC